AUGGCUCGCAGCGCGCCUCGAGUGGGCAGCCGAGCCGUCCUAUCUUCUCUAUUAACCCUCCUACUCCUCGCACCCGUGUCUCUCGCGAUCCAAUACUACGCGAACUUGACAGAGUUCAAUAUCAACACUGCACAGGGGGCCACACAGGUCACCGAUUACGAUACGAAUGUGCGGAGUAAUACCACCUACACGCCAUCCCCUCCCAACUGGCGUCAGCUACCUGUCUAUACGAUUCUCCUGGAUAAGUUCGCGGACGGGACCCCCGACAACAAUGACUACUUCAAGACAAUGUACGAAAACGACUGGAGGGAAACGCAACUCCGCUACGGGGGCGAUCUUCGUGGUCUCCGCAACAGGCUAGACUAUCUACAAGGCAUGGGUGUCAGAGUAAUCUACAUUGCUGGUACAAUCUUCUUGAACAUGCCUUGGCAGGCAGACAGCUACUCUCCUGUCGACUUUACCCUCGUUGAUCCCCAUUGGGGAAACAUUACUGAUUGGCAAGAAACAAUCGAUGAGAUACAUGCCCGUGGCAUGUACAUCAUGAGUGACUUCACAAUCGGAACUUUGGGUGACAUGAUUGGGUUCGUUGGUUUUGAGAACCAAUCUGCGCCCUUCAACAUGGACGAGUAUCAGUGCGAGUGGAAAAAUCCUGAGUACGUGCCUUGGGGUCUCGAGAAGUAUCCAGACUUCGACAUCGUCAACACGUACAAUGACUCUUGCCAAUUGCCCGUCCUCUGGCAGGAUGAUGGAACUAUCGUCAAUGUUGCCCACAAUGGUUGUUACGAAUCCGACUUCGAUCAGUACGGUGACAUGGAGGCUUUCGGUGUCCAUCCUGAUUGGCAACGUCAGCUGUCCAAGUUCGCUUCCGUGCAGGAUCGUCUUCGAGAGUGGAAACCGAGUGUCAUGGACAAGCUCCAGGUUUUCCCCUGCAUGGUCAUCAAGGCACUCGACAUAGACGCCAUUCGUAUCGACAAGUCGACGCAGGUAACUCUGGAUGCUUUGACCAAGUGGACGAGCAAUGUGCGCCACUGUGCCGCAGCUCUGGGCAAGAAUAACUUUUACAUCGGCGGCGAAGUCACAGGUGGUGAUUACUUCGGUUCUCUCUACAUCGGGCGUGGCCGGACUCCCUCCCAGAGGGACAUUGGUUUCUUCCAAGCUGGUAACAUUACCUCCAACAUGUCCGAAUACUUCCUGCGCGACAUCCCAUACAACGGCCUGGACGGCAACGUCUUCCAUUAUUCCGUGUACCGUGCCCUCACGCGUCUUCUGGGAAUGGAUGGUAACCUUGAGGUCGCCUACGAUGUCUCUACCAAUUUCGUAACGAUGUGGAAUGAGUUCUUCGUCAAUAACGACUUCAUCAACCCGGGAACUGGCUUGGUUGAUCCCAGGCACAUGUUCGGCGUGUCCAACUUCGACGUAUUCCGAUGGCCCGGACUUGUGAACGGCACGGCUACGCAAAUGCUAGGUACCUUCAUCACGACGAUGGUCAUGCCCGGUAUACCACUCAUAUACUACGGAGAAGAGCAGGGAUUCUAUGUCUUCGACAACGGAGCGGCAAACUACCUCUACGGGCGUCAACCCAUGUCUGCAUCCGUCGCGUGGCAGAGGCACGGUUGUUACAAGCUUGGCUCCACGCAAUACUAUUACUGGCCGAUGGAGAAGGCCAUGCUUGCCUGCCAGGACGACUGGAUAUCUCGAGACCAUUUUGAUCCUACAUCACCCGGCCGUCGUAUGAUGUCACGCAUGUAUCAGCUCCGUCAGAAUUACCCUCUUCUCACGGACGGCUACAACCUCGUCCAGCUCGGAAAUUGGACGUACUUCAUCCAACGACCAGGUUCUAACGAGACCGAGACGGAGAUGGGUCUUUGGUCCACUUCUCGCGAUUUCAUCCCUGGCAUGCCUAACCAGCAAUUCACGGGUAACGAUGCUAUUCCUAUCUGGAAUUUUUACAGUAACAACAACGUCACGACUGACUAUGCGUACGACUGCGCUGACAAACUCUGGAUUUCUUCCCCCUACCAGGGCAACACCACCGUCCGCAACCUGUUUGCACCGUAUGAGGAGUAUGAACUGGAGAACUCGAACUCGCCUUAUUAUCUCAAUGGGCUGCCCCCUUACCGUGGUUGUUUGCCCAAGAUCACCCUGGAGCCAUUCGGAUUCAAAUCCCUUGUCCCAAGUGAGAUAUGGGUUGCGCCUAAGCCGAUGCUCACCAAGUUCGUUCCUGGGCAUGACACGAACGUGAUUGUGUGGGAUCCCACCGCAAGCAACGCGACGACCGUAUCCAUCCGCUUUGAGUUUAACGUGGCGAUGAAUUGCGCUGAUAUCACCCAGUAUCUUGGCUUCGAUGUCUCUGGCAUCAACCAGGGAACUCUACCGACGGUUGAUGUGAACUCGGUCAACUGUGGCACUGUGACAAAUGCAGAUCCGGCUCCUAUCCAGGGCUUGGACACUUCUCAAUUCUACUGGUCCGGCAACCUCGUCAACGUACCUGAUGGUGUCAUCACUCUCACGCUGAACAACAUACCUUCCCAAGACGGCACCCAAUCAACUGGUGCGGUCGACCAUCUUAUCUUCCGCAAGGGUCUACCGAACAAUCCUCUCAUCGACUACACGCAGGACUACGACAACGAUGCUUUUGGCUGGGACGGCACUCAAUAUACUUUCGCGCACAAGGCGAUCGGUGCUGACAGUGUUCGGUACAGCUGGAACUAUGGCCAGAAUUGGACCGAUUGGCAACCGUACGAGAAUGUUACCAAUAUGCCCGCUGACCAAUUUGAUGGUCAAUGGUGGUCUGGCAAACACGUGAUCAUGCAAUACUUCGUUUCGGCACUCGGCUCUUCAACAUACGUAGUCCACGCUGAUCGUGACUAUACGGGCGGGACUCGCCGUGUACCUCAGUUCCUUGCUCGUGGGCCGUACAACAACUGGGGUUAUGAUCAAGGUUUGAACGCCGAGAUGACGCAUAAUGCCGACGGCACCUGGGAACUCGAAAUCAUGGCCCAAUGGCCUACCUAUGUCCAACUGAAUGUCUUCGGUUACGACAACUAUUUCUACGGUGACGUGGAUGGUGAUGGAGUCAUGGACCGUGGGCCCCCUAACUCUGCUGCACCGACCUACCUCAACUUCUCGGCGCCGCCAAAGCCCCAUCUGGCUUGGGCCCUCAUAGUGAACGACCAGGACAUGAGUUACCGGCUAGAGCCUCGUGGUUACUCCGUUAUCGGCGCCAUCAUGUUCGCCCUUCUACUCACUAUUCCUCUAGUCACCGCAAUUCUUGCCGUCCUGAUCUUCAGAUGGUCAUUCUACGGUAUCAGGCAUAACAGGUGGGGUGUUAAACCGACUAAAGAAGGGCACAGCAACUACUUCCCCAUCAUUGGUGGCGGCGGGGGCAAGAAGGAAAACGAGCCGGCCACCCCUAUGGGCGAGAAGACCUUUGGUAAGCCUGGCCACUCUUCCAUGACCCCCGCCAAGAUAAUCGGCUGGCCGGAGGAUCCUGCUAAGCGCCGCAAAGUCCUGAUUGCCACCCUCGAAUAUGAGAUUUUCGAUUGGAAGCUCAAGGUUAAGAUUGGUGGUCUCGGUGUCAUGUCUGGUCUCAUGGGUAAAGCGAUGAGCGAUGUCGACCUGAUUUGGGUAAUCCCGAAGGUUAAGGACCUGGAAUAUCCUACUGGCGAAUUCAUGGAGCCAAUUGAGGUCAUUAUUUUUGGCCAACCAUACCUCAUCGAGGUCGAGACCCAUCAAGUUGAUAACAUCACCUAUGUCAUCCUCGACAGCCCCGUCUUCCGCGCUCAAACCAGGGCUGAUCCCUACCCCGCUCGCAUGGACGAUCUUGGGUCCGCCAUUUUCUACUCGACCUGGAACCAGGCCAUCGCCGAGACAAUCCGUCGUUUCCCUGUCAUUGAUAUCUACCACGUCAACGAUUAUCACGGAGCAUUGGCGCCCUUGUACUUGCUGCCCAAAGUACUUCCGGUCUGUUUGUCCCUCCACAACGCUGAAUUCCAGGGUCUCUGGCCUUUGAGGACCAAGGAAGAGAUGAAAGAAGUUUGCUCCGCCUUCAACCUUAGCAAAGAAGUCUGCACAAAGUAUGUCCAGUUCGGCAAUACUUUCAACCUGCUCCAUGCGGCUGCCUCGUAUAUCAGCACUCACCAAAAGAGUACGGGUGUGGCUGGUGUGUCUGACUCGUACGGUAAACGUUCUUGGGCUCGUUAUCCUGCUCUGUGGACACUGAAGCAUGUUGAUUCGCUGCCUAACCCGGAUCCCACGGAUAUUGAAGCACUGGAUACGAACCCGGUCGACAUGCACACGGUCCAGGUCGAUUACGAUGCCGAGAAGAAACGUCCGGAGGACAAGCGGCAAGCGCAAGAGUGGGCUGGCAUCAAACAGGACCCUAAUGCGGAUUUGUUCGUAUUCGUCGGUCGUUGGUCCAAGCAGAAGGGUGUUGAUCUGAUCGCCGAUGUUAUGCCGUCUAUCCUGUCGAAGCGCAAAUCUGUCCAAGUCAUUUGCGUUGGUCCAGUCAUUGAUCUUUAUGGACGUUUCGCUGCUGAGAAGCUGGCCCGCCUCAUGGAGAUGUACCCCGAUCGUGUUUAUUCAAAGCCGGAGUUCACAGCGCUGCCGCCGUUCAUCUUCAGCGGUGCCGAUUUCGCCCUUAUUCCGUCCCGUGAUGAGCCUUUCGGUCUUGUAGCCGUUGAAUUCGGUCGUAAGGGUGCUCUUGGUGUUGGUUCCCGCCUUGGUGGUCUCGGUCUCAUGCCCGGUUGGUGGUUCCCGGUGGAGUCAAACUCGACCGGCCACAUGUUGUCUCAGCUGUCCAAGACCAUCAAGCUGGCCUUGAAAUCGACUGAAGAAGAGCGUGCGAUCCUUCGUGCUCGUUCUGCCGUUCAGCGUUUCCCUGUCGUAGAGUGGCGUCAACGGAUGGAAGAUUUCCAUAGGCGUAGUAUCACGAUCAGUCGGCAUGUCGCCGGCAAUGACGCCUGGUGUGCUACGGACUGCGUAGGCGGUGAGCUCAACUUACCUCAGUUGAAUCUGGAAGACAAUCGCCGUGAUUCGCUGGCCAGCGACUAUGGCUGGGAACCUAACAGCCCUGUGCCCCCAUCGCCUGGUGUCCCCCCAUCGCCUGGUGCCUUGACUCCAGGGGUAUACUUGUCCACCCCAUUCACUCGCCCUCAAUCUCUACAAUCUCUACACCGCCAAUCUUCCUUCAACACCGACGCCUCCGCAGAGGAACAACAGUCGUUCCAGCCUGAUGUGCCGCACUCACCUGGUGUCGAUAGUCAGGACGGUGCCCAAAGCGACGCACAAUCAUACCAGGACUUCUUGUCACGUGCCAACAAGCAGAUUGCGAAGCAGCAGGGACAUGUCCCUGACCCCUUCCUGCAACCAGAUGGCAUACAACCCAAUCGACCUUUUGGAUCGCACUCCCGUGUUUCUUCGGUGGAGUCGAUUGCGUCCAUCAUCGAUGAGAAAGCAAACUCCCCUCUGAACAAGGCCAUCGACAGCUUCACGGAUGCAGAUGGGGAGGUCGCGACGGCAUUCGUCCAGAAACUGCAGCUUCUCACGCCAGAAAAUUCGAAGCAUGAACUCUCCAUCGAGCGGUACCUACAAAAGAGCGAGGAAGCCUUCUUUGACAAGGUUCGGAAGGACAAGAUUUCGUACGCGUCCAGCAUUCGGUCUGGUCGUGAGUCAACGUUCGGAGCGCCCACACUGGGAUAUGAAUCACGUUACUCUUCUCACUACGACUCUCGUCCUAAUUCUCCCAACCCGUACGGCUCAACAGCCUCAUUCCAACAGCACGAUUAUGAAGCGCCUCCCGCUCCCGAUCCGGACGCGGUUCCCAUGACUCGUCUGCAAAUCGCACUGCAAAGAGAGAUCGGCGGGUGGCCACUGUACACGAUCAUCAUCGCUGCUGGACAAAUGCUUGGAGCAACUAGUUUCCAGAUCACCCUCUUGUCUGGGCAGAACUGGCAAACCAACGUUCAGCUCUACGUCCUUGGCGCAGUCUUCCUUGCCGCGUCUUUUGUCUGGUAUACGCUGUUCCGUCUCAAGCCAUCAGUAUAUGUCCUUGCUGCACCCUGGAUAUUCUACGGGCUCGCCUUUUUCAUCAUCGGUUUGCCGUCGGUUUCGGACAUCUUCACACCAUCUCGCGCCAUCCUCAGCAGCGUUGCGACUUGGUGCUACGCUGUUUCAUCUGCCGCUGCCUUCCUAUUCUUCGGUCUCAAUUUCGGUGAAGAAGCUGGUGCUGCCACAGAGGUCUGGACGUGGCGUGCUUGUGUGGUGCAAGGUUCCCAGCAGAUCUGGGUUGCGGCGUUGUGGUACUGGGGCAAUUCCCUUAGUGGCGUCCUGCCUACUUCGCGCCCUGCCUGGUGGAUCGUUCUGAUCCUGUGGCCACUUGCCCUCAUGAGUUGGUUCUUCUGCUAUUGCAUGCUCUUCGGUUUACCAGAGUAUUACCGCCAAGUUCCCCCGAAAGUGCCCAACUUCAUGAAGACGCUCUUCCGGCGGAAGAUUGUUCUGUGGUUCCUUGCUUCUGAGAUCCUCCGGGACUACUGGUUGAGUGGACCUUACGGUCGCAACUGGUCUUUCUUGUGGAGCGCCACUAUCCCGAAGUGGACGAUUCUCGUUCUCGUCAUUGUCUUCUUCAUCGGCGUCUGGGCUCUCAUGCUUUGGAUUCUCACAUACUUCAGCAAGACGCACACUUGGCUACUUCCCGUGUUCGCAGUUGGUCUCGGUGCGCCAAGAUGGUGCCAGAUGAUGUGGGGCACGUCCUCCCUCGCUCUCUACAUUCCUUGGGCCGGUUCGGCUGGACCAUACCUGGGUACUUCGCUGUGGUUGUGGCUCGGAGUGCUCGAUGCAAUUCAGGGUGUUGGCCUUGGUAUGAUCCUUCUCCAGACCCUAUCCCGUCUACAUGUGUGCGCAACGCUGGCGUUCGCACAAGUAAUCGGAUGUAUCUGUGUGAUGGUCGCCCGUGCUACAGCACCAGAUCAGAUCGGUCCUGGCAGCGUCUUCCCAGAUGCUUCCACAUGGGACUUCUCCGAGGGUAUUCAAGGGUCACCCAUGGCCUCUGCGCCAUUCUGGGUAGCAUUGAUUUGCCAGUUGGUGAUCGUAGCAGGAUAUUUCAUGUUCUACCGGAAGGAACAACUAUCGCGGCCAUGAAUUUUUGGGACCCUGCUUCUUUUCCUUUUUCGUAUUCAUCACUCGAGCAUCUAUUGCCACGGACUCAUUCCACAUCAUCUGUCAUGUUCAUUACGCUUCUGUAAUUGCCAACGAACUCUCGCCCUCACGGCUUUCCUUCCUUAGAGUCUCCCGCAAUUGAAAUAAUUCCAUAGUGGAUGGACACAGUGCCG